AUGCUAUCUUGUGCUGUCACUGAUGGAGUUUCAAUUGGGCGCCCUUGCUGUGGAGUCCACAACUGCACCAUCCCCCUCUCUUCCAACCAUGCAUGGUAUUGCCCACUUCACACAGCCAGGGAGGCAAGCCGUGCAGUGGAAGGCUGUAAUAAUGAAGCAGAGCCUGGUAGGAAGACCUGCUCCAAUCCUGAACAUUGUUUGCUGGAAGAAAAUUACUAUGCUGCUGGCCAGUCUGCACUUCAGCUGUGA